AUGGCGGCUUUGAACAAGAUUCAGGUGAUCAAAGGUCUUGAAGAUGUGACGCUGUGUGAAAAAGAAGCCUGGACCUUUGAGGUGACUCUGAGUCACGCUUAUGUCCAAGGCACGUGGACGAGGAACGGGCUGCCGUUCAAAUCGAAGCCCACAUGUCGCAUGGCGAUGCAGGGGAAGAGACACACUCUCACUCUGACACGUGUCUCGCUGUUAGACAUGGGCCUGAUCAGCUUUCAGGCCGAGGGAGCAGCGACCUCUGCUAAUCUCACCGUCACAGCCAGAGGCAUACAGAUUCUAACACAUCUUCAGGAUGUCAGCGUGACUGAAAGGGAGAGUGUGACGUUUGUGUGUGAAGUGAACCUGGAGGACGUUGAUGGAAAAUGGUUCAAAAAGAGCAGCAGGAUAAAAACCGGGGACAAUGUUAGAAUUAGACAAGAUGGUAAAAUUCACUCACUGACCUUCAAAGCCAUAAAGCCAGAAGAUGCCGGUGAAAUCACCUUCACUGCGGAGCGAGUUUUAUCAACAGCCAUCCUAAGAGUCAAAGAGCUUCCGGUUCAGAUUGUGAAACCCCUGCGGGUGAAGAUUGCCCUGUACAGACACCGGGCCAUGCUGGAGUGCCAGGUCUCUCGCGCCAAUGCUGAGGUCACAUGGUACAAAUGUAACAGAGAACUUACGCCCAAUGGGAAGUACCAGUUUAUUAGUGACAGACUUUACAGGCAACUGACCAUCGAAGAAGUGGGUUCUUCAGACGAGGACACCUUCACCUGUGAUGCUGGUGAUGACAAGACUUCUUGCCGACUGUUUGUAGAGGAGCAGGCUAUCAGCAUCGUCUGUGGACUGAGCUCAGUCGAAGUGAUGGAGCCUAAGGAGGCUCGUUUCAGAGUGGAGACAAACAUUAAAGCUGAACGAGCCCCUAAAUGGACUUUAAAUGGAGAGCUGCUAAGUCCUGGCCCUGAAGUGAGAAUUGAGAGGGAAGGAACGACACAUCGACUCACUUUCACCAACACCAACAGCAGCAUGUGUGGCACCGUCCAGUUCAGCUCGGGGAAAAGCAGGUCAACUGCUCAGCUUACUGUUACAGAGCGCCCCUUGGUGGUCACUCGGCCUAUUUCAGAUGUGGAGGUUAAAGAGAACUCCUUGGUGGCUCUCAAAUGUGAGUUUUGUCCUUCACCAAGAGUAGUGCACUGGUUCAAGGGUAGAACACCAUUAUUGGCCUCAAGCAAAUAUAACAUGAGGCAGGAGAAGAACAGUGUCGAGAUGAUCAUCAUGAAUGUGAAGGCUGUAGAUACAGGGGAAUAUCGCUGCCUGGCUGGAGGAGCUGAGAGCAGAGGUCGAGUCAAUGUAGAAGUGAAACGGCUGAAGGUCACAAGACAUCUGGAACAUGUAGAGGUUGAAGAAGAAGGAACAGCAGUGUUUUCCUGUGAGCUAAACCACGAGGCACCAGGCAUCCAGUGGCUUCUCAAUGAAAGUGUGAUUCAUGCAAGUCACAUAAACAAGAUCCAGAACUCAGGCAAAGUUUACACUCUGGUCCUGAAAAGGCUUACGCCACAGGAGAGCAGGGUGACUUUCAAGACUGUCGGCAUCAGCGAGUCAACUGUUCUCAGGGUCAAAGAAAGGCCAGCAGUGUUUCUUAGACCUCUGGAAGAUGUUGUGGCUGAAGAACGUGGCAAAGUUUGCUUACAGUGCGAAGUCUCCAAGCAAGCAGUAACACCUGUAUGGAGCAAAGAUGGUACGGUCCUAAAUGCCAGUGAGAAACAUGAAAUUCUUCAAUUGGGAAAGUUAUUAUCUCUGAUCAUUCACAAGCUCAGGAAAGAUGAUGCUGGGGAAUAUUCUUGUGAUGUCGGGACUAGCCAAACAAAAGCCAAGGUUGUUGUUCGUGAUCUGCACAUCACCAUUGUCAAGCGCUUGCGGACAAGUUCGGUUCUUGAGGGGGAGUAUUGCAGUUUUGAAUGUAUUCUGUCACAUGACAUCAUUGAUGAACCCUCAUGGACACUAAAUGGCCAGCUGAUCAUAAGCAAUGCUCGAAUCCAAAUCGCUAACCAGGGGAGCAAAUAUACCAUGAACAUCCAAGAGGUUAUAAUUACCGAUGCUGGGGAAGUGGUCUUCGCUAUUAAGGAUCUCAGUUGCAGGACCAUGCUGUUUGUCAGAGAAAAGCCUAUACGGGUGUUCAGAGACAUGCUAAAUGUUAAGGCGGUACCUGGAGAAGAUCCAGAGCUUAUCUGUGAGAUUACCAAACCGGAGGUGACCAUCAAGUGGUUGAAAAAUGGCCGGUUGAUCAGAUCUAAUUCUAAAUAUGAAAUGAUCCAAAAGGGCUCCUUGGUUACGCUAGUAAUCCAUAAUGCAACUGUGAAGGACUCUGGGGAGUACUGCUGUGAGGCUGAUGGAACCUCCACUAGGGCAAGGUUAGAGGUAAGAGAUUUUCAGCACACAUUUGCUACAGAGCUAAGAAAUGUCAAUGCAGAAGAAAAGAGUACGGUAGUCCUGGAAUGUGAGACCAAAAGACCUGCCACUAAGGUGAGCUGGUUAAAAGGCAUGGUUGUGCUUAUAUCAGGUCAGAAGUACCUGAUGAUGAAGAAAGGUGUCUUCCUCUCACUGACUAUUUUCAACCUUGAGAAGAGUGACAGUGAUUUGUACACAUGUGAUGUCGGGACAAUGCAGACCAGGGCCUUACUUACAGUACAAGGUCAGAAAGUUCUUAUCUUGGAUGAACUGGAGGAUGUUGAAUGUCUGGAAGGGGACAGUGCCAUAUUCAAGUGUCGUAUCUGUCCGAGCGACUUCACCGAGGUCAAAUGGUAUCUAGACGAGACUCUGCUCUAUACUAACGAUUUAAAUGACAUCCAGAUGAUACAUGGUGGCUACCACACUCUUACCAUCAAACAGCUUGCACGCAAAGACACAGGAACGAUUUCUUUCGAAGCUGGAGACAAGAGAUCUUACGCCUCGCUGCUAGUAAGAGCUGUGCCUGCUGAAUUUACAAGGCAGCUUCAUAGUCAAGAAGCUGACGAAGGAAGUAGUGUGACACUGUUCUGUGAAUUCUCUGUACCUGGCGUUCAGUACUUGUGGCGUAAAGGAGCCGAGACUCUCAGAAACCAGCGGACCAUGGGCACAGUGACGGUCCACGCUAUUCCCAUAAUCUUCAUCAAAGAACUUAAAAAUCAAGAAUCAGAGGAGGACGCGGCCGUGACAUUACGCUGUGAGCUCUCCAAAGCUGGAGUACCAGUGGAGUGGAUGAGGAAUGAGGAAGUGCUCAGCCCAGGGUUGAAGUUUCAGAUGCGACAAAUAGUAUCUAUACAGGAACUGGUAAUUAGGAACCCCGUGCAAGAGGACAGUGGAACCUACAGCUGUGUGUGCGCUGGCCAAAGGACCAACGCCACAAUUAUGAUAAAAGAGCAACCAGUCAGUUUCACCGAGAAGCUAACAAACCUGGUUGCUGAGGAGGGUAAGACUCUGACCUUGCACUGUGAACUGUCCAAACCUGGGGUUCCAGUGGAAUGGUGGAAUGGAGAAGAACUUCUCCAACCUGGACAGAAGUAUCAGAUGAGAGAAAGGGAUGCAACACAUGAGCUUAUCAUCUGUGACACUGUGCCUGAAGACAGUGGAGUCUACAGGUGCAUAUGUGGAAACCAGAAGACCAAAGCAAUGAUAAAAAUCGUUGCUCUUCCAAUUACCUUCAAACAAGAGCUCCAGGAUCAGGUUUGUAAAGAAUUCGACAAAGCUGUGUUUGUCUGUGAACUAUCCAAACCUGGGGCUCCAGUAGAGUGGAGAAAAGGAAGAGUUCUUUUGAAACCAGGAGAGAAGUACAAGAUGAGGCUGGAAGGAAGGCUGACCAAACUGGAAAUAAACAACCUGGAAGAAGGUGAUUCCGGAAGCUAUAUCUGUAAAACCAAAGAUGCACAAUCAACAGCUGAACUGACUGUACAAGCACUUCCUGCUACCUUCAAAAAUGUUCUGAAGAACCAUGAAGCUCAAGAGGGAAGCAGCAUCAGUUUGCAGUGUGAACUUUCCAAAGCUGGUACACAUGUGGAGUGGUGGAAGGGAGGUGAAAUGUUAAGAACUGGGGAGAGGUAUCAGUUGAGAAGAAAGGAUGCAACAGCAGAACUGCUAAUAAGAAAAGCACAACCAGAAGAUAGUGGAGUGUAUCGCUGUGUUUGUGGAGAGCAGAGUACUGAGGCACAGAUCAAAGUCAAUGCUCUGCCAAUCACGUUCAAGCAAGAACUGAAAAACCAAGAAGCUGAAGAAGGGAACAAUGUCACACUGCGUUGUGAACUCUCAAAGUCUGGAGCUCUGGUUGAGUGGUGGAGAGGAGAAGAAUUGCUCAAGCCUGGGGAGAAAUAUCAGAUGAGACAAAUGGCCACAAAAAUGGAGCUUGUCAUCAGAAAAGUUGUACCAGAAGAUAGCGGUGUCUACACUUGUGUGUGUCCGGAUCAGAAAUCCAAGGCGACGGUUAAAAUAAAAGCUAUACCAGUGAUCUUUAAGCAAAACCUGAGAAACCAAGAAACAGCGGAAGGCAAGAACAUCACAUUACGUUGUGAACUUUCUAAAUCGGGAGCUCUAGUGAAAUGGUGGAAAGGUGAACAAGAGCUGACCGGGGGUGAAAAAUACCACAUGAAGACUGAGGGAAAGACUGCUGAGUUGGUUAUUAAGAAUGUUUCAUGUGAGGACGCUGGUGUAUACAGCUGCACGAUAGGAGAGCAAAAGACUACCUCAGAAAUAAAAGUUCGGGCUCUACCGGUCACAUUCAAACGAGAGCUCCAAAACGAAGUUUCCAAAGAAGGCGGAACUGCAAUGUUUAGUUGUGAGCUCUCGAAACCUGGAGCUCCAGUGGACUGGAGGAAAGGAAGAGUUAUUCUGAAAGCAGGAGAUAAAUAUGAGAUCAAGCAAGACGGAAAAACGACCACACUCGUCGUACAUAAUGUUGAGGAAAGUGAUGCUGGGUAUUAUUCAUGUAAAACCAAGGAUUCUGAGUCAACUGCUGAGCUUAAAGUUCAGGCUACUCCGGUUACAUUCAGACAAAAUCUAAUGAACCAGGAGGCUCCAGAAGGAGGGAUCAUAGUCCUUCACUGUGAGAUUUCUAAACCUGGGGCACCUGUGCAGUGGUGGAAAGAUGAAGAGGAGCUUUGUAAUGGAUCAAAGUACAAGAUGAAGCAAGACGGGUCAGUUGCUGAGUUACACAUCCGCAACGUGCUUCCUAUGGAUGUUGGGGAGUAUAGCUGUGUUGUCGGAGAUCAAAAGACUACAGCUGAGGUUAACGUCAGGGCUGCAGCCUCUGUGUUCUUUGAGAAAGAGCUACAGGACCAGGAGGCGAUGGAGGGAAACUCUGCGGUGUUCAGUUGUUUGCUGUCAAGUCCUAAUGCACCGGUGGCUUGGAAAAAAGACUCAUUGCAGAUCACACAAGGUGGUCGAUUUACUGUACACCAAAAGGGCUCAACACAGGAGCUUGAGAUCCGGAAACUCAGGUCUGAGGAUGCUGGUGUGUACACGUGUAGCACAAGGGGCAAGACGACAUCAGCACACCUUCGAGUGAUUGAUCGUGUGAGAAUUGUGAGAGAGCUACAGGACCUGACAAUCAUCGCAGGAGAAGAUGCUCAUUUUGUGUGUGAGCUUUCACAUAGCGACGUUACCGAUGGAGUGUGGUGGCUCGACUCCACCGUUCUGCAGGCAAAUGAAAUGAACCAAAUGAUGUGUUGCGGCCGUGAGCAUCACCUGACGCUUACCAUGACAACACCUGAGGAGUCAGGUAUUGUGGCCUUUGUGGUAGGAGAUGAGUGGACUUCGGCUCGUCUACAGGUGAAAAGUAAACCCAAAGUAUUGAUAGAAGAAAAAAUGAAAGACCUGGUGGUCUUGGAGGGCGAAACUGCCACGUUAUCCUGUGUGACAUCAGCUGACUGCACACCCAUCACAUGGAAAAAAAACAAUGUCACACUUCUGGCAGGGGAAAAGUACGAACCCCGUAAAGAAGGGAAGCACAACAUGCUUUUAAUACAUAGAGUAGAAAAAGAUGAUACUGGGGUUUAUAUGUGCGACACAGGAGACAUGCAGAGUAUGGCUGUUCUCACCGUCAGAGAAUGUCCACUAUUGUUCCGUGAGGAACUUCAAAGUCAGCAGGUGGAAGAGGGUGAAACCGCCUUUCUGCACUGUGAGCUCUCUAAGCCAGGGGUUUUGGUGCAAUGGAAGAAGGGAGGUACUUUGAUUAAACCAGGAAACAAGUAUCAAAUAAAGCAGGACGGCUGUGAGGUACGACUUCAAAUCUCCGACCUGGUAGCUCAGGAUAGCGGUGUCUACAGAUGCUGUGUGGAUAGCAUUGAGACGAAAGCUAGUCUUAGUGUUAAAGACCAACCUCUGUUCUUUCGUGAGAAACUCCAAAGUACGGAGGCCGAAGAGGGUGAAACCGCUUUCCUGUGCUGUGAACUCUCUAAGCCAGAAGUUCAAGUGCAGUGGAGGAAAGGAACCAUGCUGCUGAGGCCAGGAAUCAAAUACGAGAUGAAACAGAACAGUUUGCAGUGGAAGAAAGGAACGGUGCUGCUUAGACCCGGAGACAAGUAUGAAUUAAACCAGGAUGGUUGUAAAUUGCAGCUUAAGAUUCAUGAUGUGAUGGGUCUGGACAGUGGAAAUUACAAAUGCUGUGCUGGUGGCUUGGUUACUACAGCGUCUGUUGCGGUAAAAGAACAACCACUGUUCUUCUAUAAGGAGCUCAAAAAUCAAGAAGCAGAAGAAGAAAAACAAUUGUUCUUCUGCAAGGAGCUUCAAAAUCUGGAGGUAGAAGAAGGUAAAACUGCCUUGUUGUGCUGUGAGAUUUCAAAACCGGGGAUUUCUGUGGUGUGGAAGAAAGGAGUUCUUCUUCUGAAACCUGGUGUAAAGUAUGAAAUGAAGCAGGAUGGAUGCAAACUGCAGCUUAUGAUCCAUGAUCUAAAGAGUUCUGAUAGUGACUCCUACAAAUGUUGUGCUGGUGGUCUGGUUACUACUGCGUCUAUUGUGGUGAAAGAAGAACCUUUGUUCUUCUGCAAGGAGCUUCAAAAUCUGGAGGUAGAAGAAGAAAAACCUUUGUUCUUCUGCAAGGAGUUACAAAAUCUGGAGGUAGAAGAAGAAAAACCUUUGUUCUUCUGCAAGGAUCUCCAAAAUCUGGAGGUAGAAGAAGGUAAAACUUCCUUUUUGUGCUGUGAGCUUUCAAAACCUGGAGUUGCAGUGCAAUGGAAGAAAGGAGGACUUCCUCUGAAGCCUGGAGAGAAGUAUGAGAUGAAUCAGGAGGGAUGCAAACUACAGCUUAAGAUCCAUGAUCUAAAGAGUUCUGAUAGUGGUGCCUACAAAUGUUGUGCUGGUGGUCUGUUCACGACAGCAUCGAUUGCAGUGAAAGAAAAACCUUUGUUCUUCUGCGAGGAUCUCCAAAAUCUGGAGGUAGAAGAAGGUAAAACUGCCUUGUUGUGCUGUGAGCUUUCAAAACCGGGAAUUUCUGUGGUGUGGAAGAAAGGAGUUCUUCUUCUGAAACCUGGAGAGAAGUAUGGAAUGAAGCAAGAUGGAUGCAAACUGCAGCUUAUGAUCCAUGAUCUGAGGAGUUCUGAUAGUGACUCCUACAAAUGUUGUGCUGGUGGUCUGGUUACUACUGCGUCUAUUGUGGUGAAAGAAAAACCUCUGUUCUUCUGCAAAGAGCUUCAAAAUCCUGAUGUAGAAGAAGGUAAAACUGCCGAGCUGUACUGUGAACUCUCUAAACCUGGAAUCUCUGUGCAAUGGAACAAGGAAACAAUGCUGCUUAGACCAGGGAAACAUCCGAUAUUUUUCUUUAAGGACCUUGAAAGUCAAGAAGUAGAAGAAGGCAGUAAUGUGAUCCUGUGCUGUGAGCUCUCUAAACCUGGAGCUACAGUGCAAUGGAAGAAGGACACGGUUCUGCUAAACCCUGGAAAUAAGUAUGAGAUGAAGCAAAAUGGCUGUGAAGUAAAGCUUAAUAUUUAUAACUUGAACAGUGAAGAUUGUGGUGUUUACAAGUGCUGUGCUAGUAAAGUGGAGACCACUGCUACUGUUGGUGUAAAAGCAUUUCCAGCCAAACCCAAGGACAUCCCUCAGGUACCUCCACGCACAAAAGGCAAGAGAUCCCAGCAAAGUCCUCUGCUAUAUGCACAAAGCAAUAUUGUCGAUUCAAAAUCAUCACCUAUAAGGCAGAAGUCUUUUAAUAGUAUGCAAGCUCAAUGGCGGGAUGAUCUUUUAGACCAUAGUGAAAAGAGAACAGACGAGCAAGUCUCUGAGAAAACAUUAAUGGAGGAAAUGGUGAACGAAAAUGAAAGAUUCUCUGUAAAGGACGAGGUGAUGGUGGAUAUAAAAAAGUCCACUCCUUCUCCUGACCGUUGUGUUACUGCAGUGCAGAGUAAAAGUGCAGAGAAGAUUGCAGUUCCAACAUCUGCUAGCAAGCAAAAUCAGGAUAAUAUGAAACAUGUACCAGUGUGCGGCGAUACCAAUGAACACAAGAGUGAGACUCAAGGCAAAAUUGUGCUACUAUCUACACCUCUCCACAAGGAAAAGCUUGUUCUUCAAGGGCAAGACGUUCUGGAGCCAAAGACACAGGUUUUGGUCAUGGAGCUAUUUGAAGAACCAAACUUCCCAAUUUCCUCAGAUACUGAGAGUCAGUCCCUGGAUCUCAGAGCUAAAAUAACCAAAGAGAAACACACCACAAAGGAAACAUCAGUAAGGGCAGAAAUAAUAGAAAAGAAACCACAUGUGCAUAGUGAAACAUCUGGAGAUCCUGAAAAGAUUAAAUCCUUGAGGGACGUGAAGGAGCAUCUUACAGAGAAAGCAUUAAGUCAUCAUAUUAUGGAUCAGGAAUACAAAAAGCAACAUGUCAGUACAGGAAAAACAACAGAACUUCACAUUAAACCAGCACAUGUUGUAGACAUGGGUUUUACAGACCAGACAAAUAUGAAGCAAAGGGAAGAAACCCCAGAACAUUCAACAAUCCAAUCUCAUGGAAAGGUAGCAGCCCAAACCCGGAGAGAGGGUCUGGUUGGUGGUGCUGUCAAAAUUAAACCUUGGGAGAAGAUCACCAAAGCUUGUGAAGUUGCAGAGCUGACAAAGGACACAAAACCACUAGAACAGCAUGCUCAAGAACCCUCUGGUUUAGACAUAAGUCAUGAGGAUGAGACCGAGAUGCUAGAUGCAGCUGUCAAGAUCCAAGCUGCUUUCAAGGGCUACAAGGCUCGAAAGGACAUGCGGCCUCAUUUCAAGGCAGUGUUCAAGACCCAGAAUGUGGAGCCGUCUAAUGCAUUUUGUUUGGAGUGUAUUGUCGAUGGUAAACCCAGCAUAGUACGGUGGCUGAAGGAUGGUGUUGAGAUACAAUCUGGGAAGUGCCACAACAUCAGCCACCAUGAUGAUGGUAGGUGCUUGUUGGUUGUAGCUAAUGCUAGUUACAACGAUGCAGGGAUCUACACUUGUGAAGUCGCCAACAAGUUUGGAACUAUUAGUUACAACGGGAAUGUGACGGUCAGUCAUCCAAAGAAAACAGCAACAGAACCAACUCCUGGAAAAGAAGUCGGGCAGAUGUCUAAUAAGGAAGAGGACACGCUUAAGCUCAUCUACGAUCUGCCUACAGAUGACACCUACAGAAAAAUUCAGGAGAAAAGGAAAAAAUUAAAGCCAGUGAGUAAAACUCCAUCUCCUAAAUAUCCUCAAAGCCUCAAGACCUUAUCCAAUGUAGAGUCACUCUCAGAGUCAGAAGAGGAUGAUGAAAGAGAGGAGACAUUUGAUAUCUAUGUGGCCACAGUGGACUGUCACCCAAUCGGAGGCAAUAAAGAGACAUUUAUUCUUAAGGAAGGCCAGUUUGUGGAGGUCCAGGAUUCUGUGCAUCCUGUGAAAUGGCUUAUCCGUACUAAGCCAAGCAAAAACACUCCGUCCCGGCAAGGAUGGUUAUCCCCAGCGUACCUCGAGAAAAAGACAAAGGAACUACUUUCUAUGGUGCAAGAAACCGAAACAAAAGAUGCUUCCAAAAAAGGAAGAAAAACUCCAUCUGAAGAAGAAUAUAAAGAGACAUCAAGUCGGUUGAUCGAAGGUCUGCUCGAUGGAGAAAUUGCAUUUGUGAGAGAAAUGAAUUUCUUUGUGGAGCAUCAUUUACAUCACGUAGAGACAAGCUCAAAGGUUCCUCUCACUAUCCAGAGCCAGAAAGAGUACAUAUUAUGCAACAUAAAGGACAUCGCAAGUUUCCAUGAAUGUUGUAUCUUACCAAAGCUAAGCCAGUGCACCACAGAUGACGAUGUGGCUCAGUGUUUUGUAAAUUAUGCCCCAGACUUUGAGAUGUAUCUUCAGUACAUCACAGGCCAGUCUCAAGCUCAGGCCUGCAUCUCAGACAAAAACACUCAACAGUUCUUUAAGCAAUAUGCCAAUGCUGCUUUUGCACAUCUGGAUACUCAGGUCUUUAGUAUCAGCACAUAUUUGGAGAGUCCUUUGGAGAGGCUUCAAAUGUACAAAAGCCUGUUCAAGGAGUUGAUAAGGAACAAAGCAAAGAGUGGUCAGAGCUGUUGCCUACUCGAAGAUGCCUUCUCCAUGGUGUCCAGCUUGCCUUGGCGUGCUGAGAACAUACAGCAUGUGUCCCUGAUUGAAAACUAUCCAGCACCUCUUAAAGGGCUUGGAGAACCAGUCCGGCAGGGUUCCUUUGCUGUAUGGGAGGAAGCACCCGGGACUAAAGUUUCACUCAGAGGUCAUCGUCGCCAUGUCUUCCUUUUCAAAGAUUGUAUUGUCUUCUGCAAAACAAAAAGAGACCUGAGCACUCAGACCAUAUUGUAUGUCUUCAGAAACAAAAUGAAGCUGACUGAUGUCGAUUUGAAGGACACCGUCGAAGGGGAUGACCGAUCCUGGGGUAUCUGGCAUGAGCAUCGAGGUACAAUUAGAAAAGUCAGACUUCAAGCUCAUUCCGUGCUCACCCGCUUGUCCUGGCUUAAAGAUCUUCGAGAUUUGCAACAGCGCAACAAACAUCCAUGGAGUGCACCGUACUUCAAGCUGAUUCUUUCCGAUUCUGUAGUUAAACUUGGACAGACCACAAAACUCCUUUGCAAUGUCACAGGAAUCCCAAAACCUGUGGUUACUUGGUACAAAGACGGCAUCGUUCUGAAGGACAACCAGCAUCGCAUCAUCUCAGAGGGAAACUCUGGGGCUUGCAAUUUGGUUCUGACUUCUGUGUCCGUGGACGAUUCUGGUCAGUAUAUGUGUUAUGCGGCAAACCCCAUGGGGAACGCCAGCACCCUGGCCAAGGUUUUUGUGGAUGUGCCUCCUAGUUUCACGAGCAGACUUCAGAACACUCCGCUGGUGAUGGGGCAGGAUGUGAAGUUGCAGUGUAAAGCAGGAUGUUUUCCUGUACCCCCUGUCAGGUGGCUUAAGGACGGCACGCAGCUGGAGAAAAGCAAGAAAUACGCAAUUGACAGUGAUACACAGACUGGAGUUCUUUUACUGGUUAUAAAGAAAGCAGAAGAGAAAGAUGUUGGACAAUAUGAGUGUGAGAUAACGAAUCAGAUGGGCAGUGCUAAGUGCAAAGCGCAGGUGUAUUACACACCAUCCCCUGACACAGACAGCACCAAACACCAACCUCAAGACACCCCAGCUCCAGCAGAAGAUUCAGAAGGUUGGUCCAGUGCUUUGGUGAAGAACCUCUUCCAGAUGUUCUUUCAGUCUGGAUCUGCCAAGCAAUCUGCACAAAGUACCAGAGAGUCUCAAGAUACUCAGAAGGUAAAUGAGGAACAAUCAGACAUCCCAGAGGAACAGUACGAGGAGACACGAGCGUCAAGAGAAAUGGGCAAAAAUGACACAGAUCCUCUGAUGGUGCAGGUGGACAUGGAAGAUCUGUGUGUACAGCCUGGACAACCUGCAACUUUUUCUGUGGUUAUUACCGGGCAGCCAAUCCCAGAGAUUAGUUGGUUCAAGGAUGGUGUUGAGCUCAUCUCUGGUGAACACAUAGUAAUGAAGCAGAGUGGUGCUCGCUUCUCUCUAAACUUACUGACCGUCUACUUUUCUGAUUGUGGCACUUACGCUUGUACGGCCAAGAACAGCUCAGGCUACGUUUCCUGCCACGCAAACCUCACCUUGGAUACAGGUCCAGUGGAGUUUGAGGAGGAGGAGGAGCAGGAGGAGGAGAAAGAGGAGGACAGAAGGUUGGAGGUGGGCAGAAGGAGAAAACUCCAUGCUGUUUAUGAAGUCCAUGAGGAGAUUGGCAGAGGCACGUUUGGGGUGGUGAAGCGAGUUGUACACAGGGCUAGCGCUGAGUUUUUUGCUGCUAAGUUCAUCCCACUGAAGAGCAGCACUCGCAACCGAGCCAUUCAGGAGAGAGACCUACUGUCCCGGCUCACGCACCGCAGCGUUGCCUGCCUGCUCGACUUCUUCAGCACACGCCGUACGCUUGUCCUCAUCACCGAGAUCUGCUCCUCUCAGGGAUUACUGGAGCACAUGUUAUUAAAAGGAUCCGUCAGCGAAAGAGAGGUCCGGGUUUACAUUCAGCAGAUCCUGGAAGGGGUUGGAUAUAUCCACAGCAUGAACAUCUUGCAUCUCGACAUUAAAACAGACAACAUCCUGAUGGUUUCCCCAGAUGGAGAGGACUUAAAAAUCUGUGACUUUGGCUUCUGUCAGGAAAUCGACCCUUCCAGGCAUCAGUACAGCAUCUAUGGGACUCCUGAAUUCGUGGCACCGGAAAUCAUUCACCAAGAGCCGGUGACCACGGCAACUGAUAUCUGGUCUGUUGGAGUUGUUGCUUAUUUAUGUCUGACUGGACACUGUCCGUUUUUGGGGGAAAAUGACCGUGCCACGCUGCUGAAAGUGGCUGAAGGGCUUCUGUACUGGAACCUCCCAGAGAUCGUCAGCUUGAGUGAACAAGCCCAGGAUUUACUCCAUGGACUUCUACAGCCAGACCCAAAGAUGAGACCAUCAGCAUUGGAAUCCCUGGAUUACAAGUGGUUUCAGGGUCCAUGUGACGAGAAGCAGUGUGACACGAUUGUUACGAAGAGUUUAAAGUCCUUCAUAUCUAGAAGAAAGUGGCAGCGCUCUCUAACAUGUCUUGGCUCAGUCCUGACCCUGAGGUCGAUCCCGGACCUGCUCGAUGCUCCAGCGUGUGAGGUCGCCAUCACUACCCUGAGAGACCCUCGAAAUACCAGCAGCAACUCCAUGAGCACUGGUUCCUCCUCUGAGUAUGAUGAAGCUGAUGGGUGGGGCUUUUUCCAGAACCCUAGCCAGGAGGAAGAUGAUGACCUAGAGGAAGAUGGUAUGGAAUAUUAUUCAUACGCCUAUCUUCCUAAACGAUCCUCCAUCCUACGAGAUGAGGAGGAUGUAAUGUUGGGUCAAGGGCGAGAACGGAGGGGUGCAUUGAUGAUUCCUAUAAGCAAGCAAUCCAGAGAGAUGCCCUCAGCGUCUUCUGAGCUGAUUAACAGGGACAGAAAAGAAGAUGAUAAAGUGCCUAGUGCAACACCAAUCCCCCGUGGUAGCUUGAUCAAGAGCACCUUCUACAAUAGUGAUAAGCAGCUCUCACCCAUGUCCGCUCGCCACAUGAUGCUUCGGGAGAAACUCCAGGCCAGGAAACAAGACAGAGUACGCAGGACGCUACGCUCCAGCCUGUCUGGAAGGUUAAAUGAACCGCUUAUAGAGUAUGUCGAGGAUUCUCCAGAUAUGGAAUCUUGCCUCAGACAUAGGAGAGGGUCCACACUUUUGUCCAAGUCUUGUUCAUUGGACAGAGGGGUGAGAUCCAUCCAUCCAAGCUCCCACACUCAUUGGAGGAGUAGGUCACUGGAUGAAUCAACAGGAAUCUCAGGAGCUUCUAUAGAGCACAGGACACUGAGAAAUAAUGAAGAUCUAGAGUUCAACCAUAAUAAUGAGUUCACGGAUGAGGAGAAAGAGGAAGCCUCUGAGGUUCCUGUGAAUAAUGUAUCACAAAGUCAAUUAGAAUCUCACAAGGUUAACAUGGAGGAGCUGCCAAUAAUCAUGGGGUGUCACGUGGAUGACAGCCAGUCACACCCUGGAGAGGAGGGGCCAGCAGCAAUGGGGGAAGAAGAAGAAAAGGUAGCAGGUUCACAGCUGUCUCUUGCAGAGUCCUAUGAACAUGACUCAGAUGCUUCAAGCAGAACCAACACCUACACUGAACAGCAGUCUCCCAGCCACCUCUUAAUUUCACAGAGACACCAUAGAGCAUACGAUGAAUCAGAGGAGCACUUGGUUGCACCGUCAUCAGGAAAAGCAUCAGAGCUCUCUCUCACUCAGGAUUCUGAGGAUGAGGACAUGGAGAGAGUUUUGAGGAACCUUCGCCAAGCACCACUGCAACAGCACACACACAGCACAACAGUGAACAAAAACAAUGUUACAUUGAGGAGAAGUUCCUCGUCAGUUCCCAUACACCCAACAUCAGCGAGCCGAGAGGUGCUUCAGAGGCAUUCGUCAGCUCCAGCACUGGAGCUCAACCCCCCCAGUGGGAAGUCCAAAUCCGGACUCAUGAAAAUUUUCCGCAGGAAGUCCUGGACUCCAGGACCCUCUGAUUCCCAGACACAGGUAUCUCAAAAGAAGGUGGAUUAUGGCUCAAGUCAACAGCAGAAGACCCCUCUCAUGGCCUUAAGGAAGAAGAUGAGGGCUUCGGCAUCCAGCAUCACCAAGCUGUUUAGCAGGCAGUCCAGUAAAGAGAUCAAGGAAUUACAAAGGGGGCCGAUCGUGAGGAAUCCCGUUCCUCCAGAGAAAGCAACUGUCACCUCAGAAUUUUAUCCAUCAGCUCCCUUCUCAGGAAGCCCUCAGAAAAAGCCCACGCUCUUCUCUCUCAAAAUGCCAACCUUUAAAAAGAGCAAAGGAAUCCCAGCACGACCGUCCAAACCGGAUGUGAUACAGCUCAGUAGUGGUGGAGCUCUGGUUAUAUGGAAGCCAGUUCGAUGUGUUGAUCCUGUCACAUACUGCAUACAGUACAGCCUGAAAGGUGAAGAGUGGACAAAUUUGUCUGAGAAUGUUACAGAUAGUUGCUACAUUGCUAAUACACAACCUAUAGGACCCAACUACGUGUUCCGUGUAGCCUGCAUCACCAAAACUGGACCCGGACCUUUCAGUGAUCCUUCACCAGCUGCUUUUAUGACGAUGCCAGCUGAAGACUCUUACAUUCCUCUGAACCUCACGGAAUCGACCGGAUCCGAGAUCACAGUGGUGGGAGAGCUCGGCUCAGAGAGGUCCUACACGUUCCUGUCUGAGAUCAACAGGGGCCGGUUUAGCGUGGUGACGCACUGUGAGGACAGCGGGAGCUUGCGGCCUCUGGCAGCUAAGCUGACUCCGUACGGCCCCGAGCAGAGGCAGCUAGUGCUGAUGGAGUAUCAGGUGCUGCGCAGGCUGUGCCACCCGAAUCUUGUUCAGCUCCAUGCCGCCAUCCUCAUGCCCUCUUGCCUAGCACUCAUUGAGGAACUCUGCUCCGGACGAGAAGUCUUGUACAGCCUGGCUGAGAGGGACGUGUAUUCGGAGAUGCAUGUGUGUGAGCUGUUGAGGCAGAUCUUGAGAGGAGUGGAUUACUUGCAUGGACGCCGCAUAGUCCACCUCGACCUCCGCUCUGAUAAUGUGCUAGUGACUGACCACAACGUGGUGAAGAUUGUGGACCUGGGCUCUGCGCAGCCCUUCACUCCAGGCCACACCCUCAACAUUGAGCACAUCAAACAGAUGACAGAGAGCAAAGUUUACAUUGUACUUCCUAAAGCUCCUGAGAUCUUACAAGGUCAAGGUGUCGGACCUGCCACUGAUAUCUGGGCUCUCGGUGUUCUGGCGUUUAUCAUGCUGAGUGCUGACAGGCCGUUCCACACAGAUCUCUACUGGGAAAGAGAUCGCAACAUCAGGAAGGGUAAGAUCCAGUUCGGCCGUUGCUAUCCCGGCCUUUCUGAGGGAGCCAUCAACUUCCUGAGGAGCACGCUGAACAGCAAGGCCUGGGGAAGACCGUCGGCUGCAGAAUGUCUCCAGAACCCGUGGUUACAGGAAGAACGAGGAGAACCGUCCAAGCACACGGCCUCAAUGUUCUGCUUUUCCACUGAAAAACUGCAGGCCUUCCUGAAAGAGCGCGAGGCUAAACGUGACCGCUCUCGCACCAAAAUCACACUGCCACUCAGCUAACUUUACAACUUUAAACAGUCAAUAAGACUCCAGAGUUCCUGACAGAAGAAAAACAGCUAAAUAGAAGAUAAAUAUUUUAAAUUUAAAGUGGAAUUAAAAGUAGAAUUCUAAUGAGAAACAAAACAUCAAGCGUCAGCAAAAUACACUCCGUCCUUAGCAUGGCGUUAAGCGCUUAUUAAUCUAAUGCUAGCGUUGCACUUCUAGCACUUGAUUGAGCAUUGAAAUAUUUUCAUAUAAACUUAUUUACUCUUUGUGUUCUGUAAACAGAUAAAACAGUGUAAGGGAGUGUAAUACACCUCAUCACACAACACAGUGAGAGUUCACACUGCAGUUUGUUUGCUAAUUUUGUGUUAGCUAAUUUAUCAUCUGUUUGUUUUUGUCAUCACGCCUCCAGCUGAAGAUUCAUAAAUAUUAAAUAUUAAAAUACUGAGAUUUGCUUAAUAGCUCACAUUUUAUUUAAAUUUAGAUCAUUGUGAUCUCUAAACACGAGAAUAGAGAGAUUGGUUUUAUGAGAUGUUCAGCGUGAUAUAGAAAAGAAAAUCAAGACCUGGACAUUGCAAUGAUUGCAGUUAAUCUGUCUUAAAUUUGAUCUGUUAUUGUGUGAAUGUAACUACGUUAUUAAUGUUUCAUAUUAAUGAUA